UCGAAGUAAAUACAUGACAGUGUAAUGCUAUGUGAGAAUUAACUAAGACAAAGGACAAAGCAAAGCAAAGAAAGGAGAUAUAUUUAACUUAUGUGACCAAAUCCCGUUGUUAAAAAAAAUCUUUCGUACCUUUCGCAAAAUUGAGCAUUACACCUGUGAGGAAAAAGCAUCACCGAAAGUGCCUUACAGUGACACUCAGGAAGUUGUGCCUGUGUUCAAAUACUUAUGAGCAAGAUGCCAAAAGGAUUUCUUGUUAAAAGGACAAAACAUGCAGGAACAUUUUCGCACAGAAAUCGCCACUUCUCGGACGAUGAUAGGAGCGAAAGCGGCUCAGAUCAAGAGCACGUGCACACUAAUUUUGGAUCUCCCGAUUCUGGUUAUUCAGCUUCGCCAGUUUUCGCCAGUUUCCGUGAACGUUACGGAGGACAAUGCGUGGACUUCAUUGGCUCUAGAUCGCCGGUGUCUUCGCCGCUUACUGUAAGUACAAGCACAUAUCCUUCACCGCUCUACUACUCAACGUUCGACCGUCUGUCCGUCUGCAGUGACACACCUUUAGAUCUCAAAAUUUCAAGCAAAGAAUACGAUAGCGAUAAUCUGAAACCAAUUGAUUAUUCUAUUACACCAGCAAAAUCAAAUGACACUGAAUCAAAAUCUGAGCAGAUUUCAAAACCAACACCCAUCAGUCCAAACAAACGGAGAGGAAACAGCGAAAACUCCGAAAAUAAGAUCAAAUCUACAAAAAAGCCAAAAGCUGCUAGAAAAAUAAAUUUCGACGAAGAUAACUCAUCUCCUGUGUCUGGAACAAUAAUUCGUAAACUAACCGACGAAGAUAACGGUGCAAGGAUAGUGUGUGGUGAUAUUGACAGUAAGUUUAAUUGUGUUGAGGUCACGCCUGAAGCAAAAGCUGAAAUUGCAAAGAUUGAAAACCGCAUCGGGGACUAUGUCUGCAGAUUGUGCAAGGAACUCUUUGAUGACGCCUUUCAGCUCGCUCAGCACCGGUGUUCAAUGAUUAUCAAUAUUGAAUAUCGUUGUCCAGAGUGCGAUAAAGUUUUUAACUGUCCUGCGAAUCUAGCAUCCCAUCGUAGAUGGCACAAGCCGCGCCCAGUGGUCAGCAAGAAAAAUAACGAGCCAACAAAAAUUCUUCCGGCGGUAACAUCCGACGAACUACAAAAAGAAAUCAAAACAAAGAACGCCCAGACAACAUCCGAGGAGGGUCAGUUUGCCUGCGACAAAUGCAACAAAAAGUUUCGACGUCAGGCUUAUUUAAGGAAACAUCAACAAACGCACGUGAUUGACGCCAUCUUUGUUUGUCAGUUCUGCAGCAAAAUUUAUCCAAAUGACAAUGCACGUGCUAAACAUGAAAUGACACAUACAACAGGGAAGGAGCUCACGUGCACGUUGUGCAUGACGUCAUUUCCCAACAAAAUCGUGCUGGAGAAGCAUGUGCGCCAACACGGAAAUGACACCUUUAACUGUAAGUACUGUGACAGUUCGUUUUGUAGCUCCCCGGGACUGACCAGACAUAUCAACAAGUGUCAUCCCUCAGAAAACCGCCAGGUCAUUUUACUACAGAUUCCAGUAAACCGUACCAGUUAGGAACGGAUGCCGCUGCAUAUUCCUGUUGAAAUGAAUGUCAUAGCAAUAGUGCCUUGUAGAUUGCUUGAAACAUGGUGAUGGUGCCUUUUGCAUGGAAACGUUGUGAUAGAUUUGUUAUACUAAUCAUUGUGAGAUAUCGGACUAACAAUAUGCUACAAAGUAUUUGAAAGACAGGCGAAGAAAGUUAGGAAAGAGACGAAAUUCUGUGAUGAAAUGUGCCUUCCCACAGGACAACUGAAUAAGACUGGUCAAGAAGAAAUAGGGCUUUAGAAUUUGAUAAGGUUUAUAUUAUACUGUUAUUUGAUUAUAUCAAAAUAUACAAUAAUGCAUGUAUUUAUUUGAAUAUAAUAUAAGAAUUUGCAUAAGUAUUGCCUGUGUACAGGUCUAGUCGAUUAAAUAAGCCUUAUUUUAUUGUUAUUAUUUAUUAAGAUUUUAUUUAUUUUUUUUACGGUGCAAUUACAGUCGUUUCUUUAGUAAAUUUUAUUUAUGGAGUAACGUGCAAUAAGUCCCGUGCAAUAUUUGUAUUACUACGCGUCCUUUCAUCGAUAAUGUGCAAUAUCUGAUUUAUUAAAUGUUUUAUUUAUUUUAUAUUUUUUUUUCAUAUUUUCAUUUAGUUUUUUUUGUGCAAUAUCCGUCUACUUAGUUUUAUUUUUUCUCAGUGCAAUUUUUUCGUGCAAUAUCCGGCACGUGCAAUAACAUACGUGCAAUAACAAAGUGCAAUAAUUUUUGGGAGUCAUGCAAUAACAUUUUUGUUUUUCCAUUUUUUUUAUUUCAGUGCAAUAUUUCGUUUAUUUAAAUUUAUUUUUAUGUGUGCAAUCUAGUUUUUGUUUUAGUACUUUAUAUUUAUUUACAUUCGUUGUGCAAUGAUUUUUAAAAAGUUAUAUAUUUACAUUUAAUAUCAUUUUGAAGGCACAUAUCCGAUCAGAGAUAUCCAAAAUUAUGUUAUUAUAGAUACAAAGUUUUAUCAUUUUACAUACAGUCCUGUUUUACCAAAUGAUCAAUACAAAUGUAUAUACAUUUUUGAUUAAUCAAAGCCAAAAUAUUCAGAUACUUUGUAUUUUUCUACAUAUAAAAUAUUUAAUAAGUUUACAAUGUCUCUUCUUUGUAAAAAUAUCAAGAUCCAUUUAUUCCUGACAGAUAAAUAACAUAAUAAUUCUAAAUUCCAAA